CCGGAAGCGUCUCUACUUUCAGUGUUGUAGUGCCUUUUCUCGGUUGACAUGUUUCUCUAGCUUGCUAAAUUUGAGAGCUGAACAUUUAGCGAGAAAAUAUGAGUAUAAUAAAGGUUUUUGAUCAGUAUUUGUGCAAGGGUCUCGAAAAUGUUCCAGUUUUACGAGAGGGUAAUGUCAGCAAAGAAGAAUAUUCUGCAUUUCAGUAUUCUCCAGAGAACAUCCAGGGGCCGGGAUGUGACAUAGACCCCAGUGAGGUGACUCUUCCUGGAUGCUCCUGCUACGCCCACUCCUGCCUUAGAGAGAGCUGCUCCUGCCUGCAGACUUACGGACAGACAUGCAGACAAACGUACGACAGCCAUGGCCGACUCCAAGACCAGGGGGAUACGGAGACUGGUUACUGCAGGCCUGUGUUUGAGUGUAACGCCUUGUGUGGCUGUAGUGAGGCCUGCUGUAACCGGGUGGUCCAGAGAGGCCUGGGGCUCAAGUUGUGUGUCUACCCCACAGAGGACAGAGGCUGGGGCAUGCGAGCGCUGGAGCCCAUCCCCUGUGGAACCUUUGUGUGUGAGUAUGCCGGGGAGGUGAUUGGCUUUGAGGAGGCCAGACGCAGACAGCUUGCUCAGGGGCUUGAGGACAACAACUACAUAAUUGCUGUGCGGGAGUAUGCUGGUCAGGGCCCGGUCAGUGAGACCUUUGUGGACCCAACUGUGGUUGGGAAUGUGGGGCGUUUUCUGAACCACUCCUGCCAACCCAACCUGUUCAUGGUGCCUGUCCGGGUGCACUCCCUGGUGCCCAGGCUGGCCCUGUUUGCUGGCCGGGACAUCCCCCCUCAGGAGGAGCUCACAUUUGACUACUCAGGGGGCUAUAGCAAUACACCCUCUGUGGAGAGGUUGGUCCAGAGUGACCCUGGGACAGAGGCCAGUGAGACAGGUACCCUCCAGAGGAAACCAUGCCACUGUGGUGCCCAGAACUGUUCCCAAUUUCUGCCACUGGAUUUAUCUGUUCUCAACAAUUAGAUUAGAGGGAUGCAUUUAUUUGGUAAAUGUUUAUACAUUCAUGUUUUGUUAUUUGAAGUGAUCAUGUUGUACUGGAAAGGAGAGACACUUUGCACUGAACCCUUUUUUUGUUGUUUCUGUUGAAUACAACUCUCUGUUGAAUCACUAACACAGGCUUCUGAGGCAUUCAUCCUAUGCUUACCAGUGUGGCAUCCAUCUGGCUUAAAGAUGAAAUCUGGGAUUGGUGCCUCCAUCUAGAAUAAAGGGGAAAUCUGGGAUUGGUGCAUCCAUUUUGAAUUCAUACUGUCAUUGAUUAUAAAGGGCUCAUGAGCUUAGUUCAACUGUCUUAACCCAUCAGAACCCAAACUAUAAGCCUGUUUGUAAUUCUAAACAAACUGUAAUUCUAAACAAACACGGUAUAGUUUCAAAACAUGGUUAAAAUGUAAUUGUUGGUCAGUAGCUCUCUAUCAAUUUUAGAGUGGAUACAGCCCCAACUCUCAGCUGUUUACCAUAACAAGUGCCAGGGUGCCAUUUAUGAUGACCCACUUUUCUGUCACGACUGCCCACUAUCUCACUGUCCCCACCCUCUUUCUGUUGGAUGGCAUCGCUGAUCUGAUAUAAAGAUACAGCAUUUCUAUCACAAAGUAUAAACUUCAUCUGUGUUGUGCAGACCAGCUAAAAGCUCUCUCUGUCAGAGAGUACUUGUGCUAUGUGGGGCACGUCCCACCAGACCUAGCUAUCAAAACACUUCAGUCCACAAGUGGCCUAUAUAUAAGCCCUCGCCCCAUAUCUCACUGACAGCAGAUUCAUCUAGCAGGUCUUUAUAUUAACUAUGCACUGACUGAUAUUGACUACAGCAAAAGACGGGCCUGGCUUUGUAGGGUUUUGUAUACUUAUAAGAAUCAUAUGUGCUCAUAGAUUGGCACAACAAUGUUGUAUGCAAAGACAUUUCUCUCUCAAAAGACAUCCAUUUAACCUUAAAAGAUAUAUAGCAUACACGUUGGUGGUAUCUUGUCUCCAUCCCUCAACUUUACAAAUAUCUCUGUGGUCUUUCAACACAGUGUCCUCCUGAAGGUAUCUUCAGCUCUUCAUUGGAGCCAAUAAUCUCCAGAGGUGUGAGCAAAUAAGAAGGGCCGGAGGGUAUUUUAAUAUAGUAACGGGUCUUAUUCCCCUGCCACGGGAGGGGCCAAGGUGUCCUGCUUUACUGUGACCAUUCUUAAAUCAAGCCCCUCCUCUCAAACUGCCCCACUUUCAGUCUAGACCCGCUUUCAUCCCAGCUGCUUAUUAAUAUCCACAUCUAGGUUAAUUAGCACAGAGACCGUGGUGUGUUCCAUCCAGAAAUAAGACCAGCACUCCAGUCACGUUGGGGGACGGAGGAGAGCAGCGUGGCUCAACCACUGGGUGGACUCAUUUUACUUCACCCAGGACAAAGGGUUGGCGGAAUUGGCACAUUUUAGACCGUCCUAUUGGUCCUGAAGUAAAUCUUUGCCCAGCCGAGGCACCAUACGAGCUGAAAUGAAUGCACCCAUCCUCUCUACCAUGGUUUGGAGAUGGAAGGCCUAAGCCAAUCAGAGUUAACCAUCAGGUGGAUUUGUUUUUCUUUGUUAGAGAGAGAGAUGAACUUUAAUGCAUCAACCUAGAUUUUUUCUCAGCUAGUAUGAGGGUUCCAUUUGCUCUAUUUGUUUAGUUAUGUUUGGUUAUGGUCCAAAUGUUCCAUGGCAACCCUUCUGCUGUCAUCCCACUCCUAUCGCAGAUGGCACAGUAUAUCACAGAAACACCUUUGACCAGUGACAUUUUGCUUUAAUCAAGGUAGAGGUCUGGUUGGUAUGUGUUAGCAGGUGACAGCUAUUUUGGACAGGUGAUUGGACACCAAGGAUUAUUUAUUUAAUUACGUUUAUUUGAGAUGGACAAUGUACAACAAAACAUACGUCUCAGUGUAUGAGAAGUGAUGUGUUGCACCAGAUUGAGCUGACAGCUAAUUUACAUCUGCAGUCACCGGUUGUAGGCAUGGUGCAGGCAGGCAGUGUUCCACACAAACUGUACAGGACUGGAGUUGGAACUCAGUGCCUCAUUCCCAGGACAGUCAUCUAGCAACCAGCAGUUAACCACAUGAUAUGAACUUCGUCCUGGUGAUUACAGUGGUCAGCUGCUAGAGCACAGCCCUGAUGACAGUCACACUAGUCACAACACUUAAAAGGGACAGACAUUUAUUGUAGACUACAGUGAGGUUAUACCCAGCUAGCACAUUUGAUUCCUUGGAAGUUGUGGGAAUGUAUGUUUUUGUUUUCCCAUUUGUUCUGGUUACGAAGCCAUACGUUUCCUGACCUUUAAACUGAACGUUUUCUAAAUUUCGCCUGUUCUGGGAAUGUUAAUUGUUAGGUUGCAGGGAGGUUCUGUGAACGUUUUGCUAUGAACGUUUUCCCUGAAAGUUUUCCUGGGAGGCUUUGCUAACGUUCUGAGAUCGGAAAUUAAAUUUUAUUUGAAGCUAAUUAAAUUACGUUCUUUGAAA